CAUCUUUUCACGGGAAUCGAAGAAGAUUGCCUCGGAAACAGCGUCAGCAUCAAUCUGCCAGUAAAGCCAAUCGACAGCUGGUCGUCUUCUGGUGGUACCGACCUUUGCAUCUCUUCACGCAACACUUUCACUCGAAAUGUAAGUAAGUUCAACAAUUAUGAAAGUAGACAUUCCCCGAAACCCUCCUGUCAGGGAUGGACUGCAGCUUAG